ACUCUCGUGCGGCAUCAGAUCCAAGAUGCGGCCUUCCGACCGGCAGCGCGGCGCCGCGGGGGCGGCUCUGGGCGGCGGAGACGCAGAGGAGGACCGCGUGUACCGCCCGCUGCUGUUCCAGUCCACGGGCUACGCGUCCUCGGAGCUCUUUCGCGACUCGUACGAGAUGCACUCGCGUCUGCCAAGCGUGUCCUCGACCGCGCCUCUAUUAGGGGUGGAGACUGCUGCCACCGACUCAACUCAGAAUCAGAAACCCAGACAUGUGUUCGAGCCACAGAUUCGACUCGAGACCUUGUCGUCCCGAGCUGCUACAGCGGUGCUAUGGGUCACGUACCUGGCCUUCCUCGUGGCGAUGGCUCUGCCGUAUCUGCAGAGCAAAGGGUACCUGGAAACGGCGGUGGAGCUGCCUGGAGGACUGUGCAAGCCGGACCAAGUGCGAAGAGAGCCGUGUAUCGAGGUGGAUACGACCAGGAACAUCGCUCAGUGGGCGGCUUAUGUGGCCAAUGUGUCGCGAUACAGCGGCUCCGUCGAGAUCAAGCUGGAUGUUCGAGAGCAGGUGAACACUUCAACGUCCGAGGCCUUGCUGUCGUCGCUCGUGGAGAGCAAUACUUUCCAGGAGCUGGAACGUGUGGGCACCGCGUGGAAAAUGAAUCGAGAUGCAACCAGGGUCAAGAGCAAUUUAGAGGCUGAAGGAUCGGAGAUAUCUGAGAUUGAGGACGGGGAAGUGGACCAAGAGGCGGGAUAUGUCUUGACCUACGAUGCCAGGCUGUAUGGAAUUGACCACGAUGUGACUCCAGCUGCGAAGGAUCUCGUCAUGGACGAACACAAUCAAAGUGUCUGGGUGGAGUGUCAUACAGGGGAACCUUGUGAGAUCGUGAGGCUGCUUGAGAUAACGCAAGAUGUUGAUCGACUGGGUGGAAGCGGAUACGAUGCAUAUUUCGCUAUCUUGACCUUCAGAGGCAUGUACCCGAACGUGUUCGGGAAAGACGUUGUCUACCAAUUUGCUUACACAAAGCCAGCUAUACACGUGGGCGAGGUGGUUGUGCGUGGGGUGAUGGUUCUGGCGUCCAUUCUUGCGCUCCCAUGUUGGUUCAUUUCGGUUUUGAACUUUCAUGAAGGGUCAUGGAGUCAAGUACUCACCGUUCAAAAGUGGUUGCUGGGAGUGGGGGUCGUCCUUAUCCUCUGGCAGAACCCUGUGUACGCUGUAUCAGAGAUGUAUACGUCCGUCAGUAUGCGCACGCGCUUUGUUUCGAUUACGUGCCAGUCACUUGCGGAAGCUUUUUUCUACGUAUUCUGGUUGAGCCUCCUGGACCAGCACAGUGGUGAUUUCUCGUCUCGACGAUGCGCAUUCGCCCCGAAGUUGAUGUUUGGACUGGUACUUUUUGCCGUGGACACGGGGAUGACUAUGCUACGAAUGCCCAAGUUAUUUUUUGGGGCCGAAGUAGCAUCAUCCACGUAUGACUUUCACCACCAAGAGCUCUACGUUCUGCUCGGGUUUAUUCGCACAGGGUUGAUAUUGGCGUGGCUCGUGUGGAUCAUGGCAGUUGGCGCUCGAUCGGGACGGCAUCUAAAAGCGCUUCCGUACAUGGCGACUCGCUUCAAGCAACUAUCUUACCGAUUUCUGGUGCUCGAGACGCUUCUUAUUUUCGUCUACGUGUUCGUGCUAUCGGCUGUCCAGAUAUUUUACCUCACAAAGAUGUGGUAUUUCGUUGGGUACGAUGCCUUCAUCCAAGAUGCAGUGCACACAUUUGUAAAAAUGCACACUGGGCAUCCGUCUCUCGGCAAGUUUCUCUUCUUGUCGGUGUACGUGUAUCUGGUGAUGUUUGUUCACCUGCCACCACUGGCGGGCGAUGGUACCGGCUUACUGGCGUCUACAGCGUUUAACGUCGACGAGAAACCACGUGUGGACUCUUAUGGUUUCCUCACACCUGAAUCGAAUUUGUUCUGCGUCGAGACGUCUGGAUGGUUAUUGGAGCUGGCAUACCAGGCUUACUUCGAUCCGCCUGGCUGUCCAUCGCCCUCUGGGUAUGGUGAACUUACCUUGGAGCGAUAUGGGUUUGAGCUCAUCACUCAUCUUAGGAGCAACCUUACAGAUACUCACGCGGUUGUUGCGUGGAGCCAAGACGAUCACCGCCGCCUGGUGAUUUCUUUCCGGGGGACGACCAGCAAGGAAAAUUGGAGGAGCAAUCUCCGUGCCGACCAACAUGUACUGUGGAUAAAAUCCCGAGGGCUUCGCUGGAGAAGGUCGUGCCUCGAAAAAGUGAAGGACGUAGCGGCGAAAAUUCCAUUGCUCAACAUGGCUCUGCCGCGGGUCCACCGAGGAUUUUGGAUUGCUUACGAGUCGGUCCGAGACCAGCUGAAGGAAGUCACACGGCUCAUUCUAGACGAAAAUCCUGGCGUGUCGGUGUAUAUUACAGGCCACAGCAUGGGCGGUGCAUUGGCAGUCUUAGCUGCCUAUGACCUGGCGGUGAACUUCAGCAUCAAAGUCAACAUGUACAACUUUGGCGGGCCACGCGUUGGAAAUCCAAGCUUUCGUCAGCACUACGAUAGCUGCGUGCCUACGAGCUAUCGCGUUGUUAUGGACGGCGAUAUCGUGCCGGGAUGGCCGAAAUUUUGGGGACUCUACCAACAUAUUGGAACUGAAAUUUCGCUCGACGUCGCGGGUAAUCUGAUCGUCGAUCCAAGCUUCGUGGAGCGCCACCUCCACCAUUCGUCAAGGCGCAAGACGACGAUGCAUGGUACCAAUGUCUAUCGUGUGUCCAUUGCCAAGUGCCUAGAAAAUUUGACGACAUCGUAG